AUGGCUGCACAGAUGCCAACGAAGUAUGGUGCCGUGUAUCAUCGCACUGGCCAGCAAGCCGUCUUUUCCUAUUACACUGUAAAGCCCGAUGACAAAGAGGAAUAUUGGACGUGUGAUGUUACGCUUCCCGAGGACCCAGGCGGCACCCUUCCGCGUGAGGCUGAUAUAAGGUUCUUCUUACGCAAGAGAGAGGCGAAACACUACGCCGCAGAAUGUGCCGUCAAAUGGCUCCGGGCAGAGGGAUGGAUGCCAGAAGACGGGGUUAAGUUCCCAAAAAAUACCCAGCGGCCUUAUCGUCCCACUACUGCCACUCUGGGCUCUCCAUCUCCAGAGAAAUCUCCAUCUAAGGCGAAGGAUGAGGUAGCGGCCCUUUGCCAAGAACUGGGCUUUCAUGGUCCAAAGUACACCAUCAAACCGCACGACGGGAAUGAUCUCUGGUGGUGUCGUGCGGAUUUCGGCCCCGGCGAAGAUCUGAUGCCCCAGCACAUCCUCGCUGCGCGCGUCGCUGUAAGAAUGCCCAAUAAGAAUAUCGCCAGGGAUACUGUCGUCGAGAAAUUGCGAGCCGUUCUAGUCGAAGAGAAGAGAAUCCGGGCUGAGCAGAACCAGGCCUUCUUGAGGAACCAGCAGCCGAGCCACAAUUUGAUGAGCCUGCCCUCGUCAGCACCAAAUGUUCGCGGUCCUCAAGUCCAUCAAUCCUCCAUCGAUCCCCAUGGCCGUCUUACAACACCAAGCCUAUUGCCGCAGUCCCAACAUGUCCGCGAUAUCCAACUCGGGCACCAGCAAUACGCUAGGGAACUAGCCAAUGCUCGAUUAACUUCUCACACGGCUUGUGGACUUAGUGACUUAUACAUUGAUCAAUAUGUUUCUCGCCCCCCUGGUGAAAUUACUUGGGACUCCGUUGAUCGAGUCUUUUCUCAGCAAAAUCUUGAAGCUAGUUCCCAAUCCAAUGCUCAAUCCGUUUCUCAAGCCAUUCCUGAUCUCGAUUCCCCGCCCGGUCCUCAACCCGAUGCCUCACCAAGUCCUCAAGACGAUGUCUCACCCAAUCCCGAAUCCGAUCCCCAGCCCUCCGGUCCUGAGUCUGAUUCUGAUUCUCCACCCGUUUCUGACUUCGAACUCCUAGACAUGAAAGAUUACGACCCCAGUCAGCAAAAUGGUUGCCCAACUAGACCGUGCUCGCCCCAUUGA